AUGCGCAUCCAUUUUCACAAUCCAAAGUUAUCUAAUGUUAUCAAAGACUUUACCUCAAAAUGCAACACAUGUCAACGACACAAGGCUGUCGGUAGAGGCCACGGCCACACUGCUCCAAAGGAAGCUCCACUCAUCCCCUGGCAACAAGUCACAGUUGAUCUCAUCGGUCCUUGGACACUCAUGGUGGCAGGACAAGAGAUCGAGUUCAGAGCCUUGACAAUCAUUGACCUAGUGACCAACUUGGUCAAAAUUGUGCGCAUUAAGGACAAAACGUGUGCAAACGUAACGCUUCGGUUUGAAAACGCUUGGCUCGCCCGUUACCCGCGCCCUGCAACCGUCAUCCAUGACCAAGGAACCAAAUUCACAGGAUUCGACUUGCAAAAUCAUUUGAAUCUACACGGAAUUGAACCUCGUUCUAUCUCUGCCAAGAAUCCUCAAGCAAAUGCAGUUAGCAAACGGAUGCAUCAAACUAUUGGCAACUCUCUUAGAGUAUUGAUGCCAAACAAUUAG